UGUCGCCCUAUAAUUGCUUCGUUCACUGCACUCCACUUUCCUUACCUCGUUCGUCUGCCUGCUUCCAUCCAUCUCUUCUUCCUCUUCCUCUUUUGUGUUCCUCCUAACAAAUUCUCGCAUUCCUUCUAGAUCUCCUGGUUAGCUUUUUCUCGCUUCUCGUUCAAGAGAUGAAGAAAAUUGUACUGAAGUUGGAUAUCACUGACGUGAAAGAGAAGCAUAAAGCCAUGAAGGUCGUCUCCACCCUUUCAGGAAUUGAUUCAAUCGGAAUCGAUAUGAAAGAAAAGAAAAUGAUAGUGAUCGGAUCAGUCGAUCCUGUAAGCGUUGUGAUGAAGCUUAGAAAAUCAUGGCACACUAACGUCGUCUCAAUUGGGCCUGCAAAGGAGGAGAAGAAAGAAGAGCCAAAGAAAGAAGAACCAAAGAAGGAGGAACCAAAGAAGGAGGAAGCAAAGAAGGAAGAAGCAAAAGAAGAGAAGAAAGAAGAAAAGAAGGAAGAGGGGAAGAAGGAGGAGACCAAGGAGGAGGUCAAAAAGGAGGAGGCCAAAAAGGAGGAGGCAAAGAAAGAGGAGGCUAAGAAAGAGCCCCACCAACAAAUGGCAACAGAGCCUGUGAAUCCAUACAAAAUAUAUUACUAUCCUCCCACAAGCUACUAUCCUCCCACAAACUACUAUCCCCACACCGCCUACAACAAUCCUUACAAUACCUCAAAUUAUUACUAUGCCCCCAGUGCUCAAGAGAAUCCAAACUCUUGCAGCAUCAUGUGAUCAUUAGUGACGGAACAUGGUCUUAUGCGGUAAUAAUGGGAUAAUAAGUGAGAUUUUGACACUGUAUAUACUGCUGUAAUCUAAACGUCGCAGCAUAUAAGCAGAACUCAGUUGAACUUUCGCAUAAUAAAGAUUUGAGUAUAUUUUAUUGUGGGUA